AUGCGUACCGCCUUCGCCCUUCUUGUCACUGCUAUUGAUAUCCUAUCUAAACCGGUCUUUAGUGAGACCAAACAUUCCUUAGAUGAUGAAUAUCAGGCGCUCCUCGAGUCCCUCGAUACCAUCCGCACAGACCCAGACGAUGUUGCUAAGAAGUUUGGGAUCGAGAUUCCGUCAACCCCGGCCCUCCGCUCUGGCCCAGCUGCAAUGGCUUUGGUUCAGCACGGUAGCAAGAAGACUAAUCUUCUUGAUAAGUUCUCGCCAGAGGACCAGGCUGAGGAAGCCGAGAUCAAGAGGAGUACAGAGACAUUGGCUGACGUCGAGAAGCAUCUCGAUAGCAACCUUGCUGCCAUCAACAAAGACCUCCAGUGA